AUGGAUGGGCCGGACACACCUUCCAUCCCGGUCGUGAAAACCCUGUCCGGAUCAGCAGUCUGUUCCGGGACGCUGCCAGAGGAGCUGCUGAGGGCCCAGGACGCACCCUGCAGCCCCGAUCCAGCCUGCACACUGUCCCUGUCCCUGCGCACUCGCUCCCCAGGGCUCUCCGGGCAGCGGGCGCGCAUCAUGCUGCCCAGCGCUGUGGCCGCCCAGGCCGGAGCCUACUGGGAUGUGGUGGCCUCCUCGGCACUCCUCGGCCUCCCUGCGCCCGGCUUUGGCAGUCUGGGCAAGAGUUUCCUGAUCGAGAACUUGCUGCGCGCAGGGGCCGGGCCCACGCACGCACCCCCGCCCCCGCGCCCAGCGCCUGGUCCCGAGUGUCCGCAGCUGCGGCCGCUGCCUGCCAGCCCAGUGCCGCUCAAGUUGUGCCCGGCCGGACCCUUUGGUGCGCGCUGGGCUUUCCAGAUGCCCCCUGGCCGGGCUCCGGGGGAGCGGGACAGUGCCUUCCAGCCCUCAGCCCCAGUGCCUUCCAAACCCCUUCUUCUGAGCGCCGGGCCAUUCUACUCUGCGUGCUGCGGUGGGUCCUGCAGGCGCCCAGCCUCCCCCACAGCUUUUUCAAGAGAAGAACACGGGCUGCCCCUGCUGACCCAGGACUCAAAUUCCAAAGCUCGAAGGGGGAUUUUAAGAAGAGCCGUGUUCUCAGAGGACCAGAGAAAGGCUCUGGAGAAAAUGUUUCAGAAGCAGAAAUACAUCAGCAAAACAGACCGAAGGAAACUUGCUGUCAGCUUGGGACUGAAGGAAUCACAGGUGAAGAUUUGGUUCCAGAACAGAAGGAUGAAAUGGCGGAAUUCCAAAGAAAAGGAAGUACUCUCCAGUAGGUGUCUCCAAGAAGUGAGCCCUCAGGAAGACAGGCUGGCACGGCCUGCUGCGGGCUGUGCUCCACGGUGCCCUUCAGUAUGGGAUGUCUCCCAGUCACACUCAAGUAAAUCUCCAGAGUCUGCAGAAAGACUGACCCAGGAGAAUUCAGGGGUACCAGAAGCAAACUCACUCCGAGGUGCCUUGUAUCUGUCUCCUGAGAAGGGACCUAGAAACAAGGAUGGACUCCGUAGCGCCAUAUGACAGGAACGAGGUCCAUGUUCAUCUAAAGAACCCUUAGCCAGUAAUAUUUGGAUUAAAGCCAGUUAGAUUGUGCCUCAAAACUGCCUUAAACUAAUACCUUGGCGUGAUUCCUGAGCUGUUGCCUAAGGAGAGCCACCCCACCAUUCCUUAUUUAGCCCUAGACUAAGGCUCAAGGUAUAAAUGGAAUAGAGCCUUCUAAAAGGUGUGAUAAGACUGAAAGAGGAGCCAGGGUCAGCCUGGAGCCUGUCCUGAAUACGUGUAUAUAUACGUGUGUCUGUGUGUUUGUAUGUACAUGCUCAUUAAAUACGGCAGCAGAAACCAGUUCUCUCCAAGUUUUACAUGGAGCAAAUUCAUUUCAUUUUGUAUGAAGAAAAGGAAAACAUUGAGCAAAUAUUCAUUUUUUUUCUAAUAGUGUAAAAUCUGGGCUUCUGUGCUACACAAUUAAUUAUACCUGUAUAAAUUCUCGUCUUUUGGCUUCUUUGGUAUCCACUGUAAAUGUAUUUUAGGAAGCUUGACAGUCCAGGUCAAGCUAGUCAUGGUUAGACACACACUGAAGGAGAGAAGAGGAACUCAACAGGAAGCUACUACUUUUGAAUAUAGUUAUUAGUACCUCUAGUUUUCAGUUCUGAGGCAGACGGGGCCGUCCGUCAGUGAAGGAGGUCCACAUUGAGGCAUUGAAAGUCUUUUGGUCUCUUGUCUGUAGGGGUUUCCUAGGCCAGAGUUUUUUAAACAAAAUAAAUGUCUGAGUGGAAGGAAGGGCUUGCCAGGUAACAAGUCAGCAUUCAGUAACUUUUUGAUCAUUGGUGCCAAUUAGUUUGUAAUCAGUGACCAUGACAAAGUCAAGACACAGGGUCACAAUUCUCAAACAGUCUCCUACAGGACUAAAACUCCCAGGACUGAAGGGCUCCGUGGUCAAACACUGAUUGCCCACCACAUACCCUCUGAAGUUCCCACCUAGUUCGUCCACACUACAUGUGUUAUGUGGUUUUAUAUAUUAGCAGACACCACCCAGACACUUUAUGAUUACCCUGUAAUAGUCUUUGUGUAAAAUCACAUUUCUGGUAACAAUUUUCUUAGUUAAUCCAAAUAUAUUAAUUCUAAGUCCACAAAACAAAACAAAAUGUUUUACUUUGCAGGAAAUGAUGUGGUUUUGAAUGAAUCUGUGGCCAAGCACACACCUUGAAGUCUUUAUGGGGUAUUUAAUCAGUGUGCAAGUGAAGAACUGGCACAGACUUCUGGCUUCCUUACCUUCUCAGUUCCAGGCUUCAAGGGUUUAAUGUGAACAAGAAAGACCACGGGAGAAGAUAACAGUUGUAAUCAACACCAAGAACUUAUGGUUUAUUUAUUUAUUUUUUUUGAAUGGAGUUUGAAUUGGUACUUCAGCUAGUAUCUUUGUCAUCUUUAUGUUCCCUAAAGGUCGUGUUCAAAGGUUGUCUUUGAACUCCCUUGUGGGAGUAGGAUCCAGAGGCCUGAUGAUUGUUUACAUUUGAAAACCUGUUUGAGAAGUGAAACCCUAGCAUGCUUUAGUGCUAAAUUAACUGCAUUUGUAGGCUGCUCUUUACGGCCAGAGACUAUGCUGUGCACUCAGGGUGUAUGCCGGGUCAUAGUCCUCAUGUCUGUAACCCUGUGCUGUGGACCGUGUCACUGAUCAGGGUUCCUGUCACUCCUCCAGGCACUGCUGAUAGAAGCGAUCACUCAAGAGACUCAGGGUUAAUGUAGUAGGCCUUCUGUGCCCGGUUUCAUGACAUAAAAUCUUACCAAGCCCGUGGAUGGGACACACAGCACCAUAGGUAGAUUCACACAGGCUCCAGGAUGCUGUGUGGGAGGAGACACAGAGCACUAUGGGCAGAUUCACACAGGCUCCAGGAUGCCAUGUGGGAGGAGGCACAGAGCACCAUGGGUAGAUUCACACAGGCUCCAGGAUGCCGUGUGGGAGGAGGUUUUGGGGAACUAUGGCAAGAUUUACUGACAGAAGUCAGGAGUGCGCGACACUUUACAGCCACUGGCUUGGACAGAUUAUUCUCAUCAAUAAUUUUCCUUUCUAUUAGAGUUUGAAGUUUAGGAAAAGAAUUGCAAAUCUUCAACUUUGAGUGGAUUCUAGUCUCUAGUCUCAGCACGAUUCACCCAUAAAGUCCUUGUAUGUAGUCAUCAUGUCUUGAGAAUAACUGAAACUUGGAUGAGGGAUGGGUUGUACAAAUGGGUGAUUUACUGCCUGAAUCACUUCCCCUCAGGAGCUCUGAGAUAUUCUUCAUACAAGACUAGCCAGGCACUCAAAGAUGCAGGUCAGUAUUUUAAUUGUCUUCCACCUGGGAAUGUAUCCAGGCUUAGAAAAGCCACACUUUAGAAAGUCAGUUUAGCAGGUAUAGCGAUAACACGCAUAGUGUGCCCUCACACACAAGCAUAGCCAUGUAUAGCCAUGUACACACACGUGUGCCCUCAUAUACAAACAUAGCCAUAGAACAUACACAUGUGCCCUUACACAAAGCAUAGCCAUGGUAUACAUAUAUGUACCCCACCCCCAAGCAUAGCCAUAGUACAGACAAACUUGCCCUCACAAGUAUAGACAUGGUACAUAUAUGAGUACCCUUACAAACGUAGCUAUAGUAUACACACAUAUGUGCUCUCCCCCACACAACAUAAUCAUGACACUCACUUGCACUCUCAUAUGUAUAACAUCUGCACACAUAUGCUUUCACAUAGAGCAUUGCCACAAUACACACAUGUGUGCUUUCAUAAGCAUAGCCGGGUACACAUAUGUGCCCUCACACCCAUAGCCAUAGUGCAUACCCAGUGUCCUCACACACAGCAUAGCCCUGCUAUAUGCGUGCCCUUUCUACAUUCUCUUUGCGUUCUCUCAUCUGGACUGUAGGAUUGGCUAGGGCUUUGCUAUAGAGCACUCCCUUCUUGUCCUCUGCUUACCACUCCCUCAGCCUGGCCCCGUGUGAGCAUUUUUUAUUACCUAGAUGUAGAUCCCUUUCUGGAAGGUAUAACAUAUGAAUAUAUUUCUUGUCUUCUUUCCAGAGAAAUAUUGCUUGCAAUUAAUACCAGGACCAGAGAAUCCCGGCAGAUGAAAUAUUAAAAAGAACAAACCUCAAAAGACAAUUUUAAUUGGUUUAUAAGUAAAUUAAAUAUGUAUAUAUAUUAAUAUUUUAGGUAUUAGAAAUAUAUAAACAGGUUAGAGAUGACCACAGGCUCUGGAGACAAUGAAGAUGAUGAUCACCAGUAUUUAAAAGACAGCUCUGUCUUUUUAAUAAUAAACAAGAAACCCAAUUAUUUAGUCAAGUGAUUCUCAGGACUUAAAACCCAUCCGCAUGACCAUGUCAUAACUGCCCAACUCCCAUAGUUCCACAAUACCCUCUUCUAGCACCCACACCCCUCCCCCAGCAUCCAUACUUGCUACAAUUUCCUGAGUCCCCCAGCAUCUACAGCCCCUCCUCCAGCAUCCAUACUCCCACUAGACUCCUCCAAAUAAAAACACAUAUAUUUUUUACUUCAAAUACAAAAUUAUAAACAUUCUAUCCUCUACACCACCUUCUUGACAUCUCCAUUCCUAAAUUGCGUUCUUCCUAGCAUUCAACAACACCAAGCCAUUGUGGUCUUUGACACAAUGAAGCUUAUUCCUUGUGUAUUAGUUUUCUGGACUACAUCUCUAGUCACUUGAACUCUCCCUCAGUCGUUUUCUUUUGGUCUUUCUUUCUUUCAGCCUCUACCAGGCAUUGUGCACAAGGCCUUGUCCUACCCUCAAUAUAGAUAGUUAGGAAAGGGUGCUUGUCUUCAAAGAGCCUCUAAAAUAGCUGCCUUGCUACACAAUGUUUAAACCAUUGUAUAUUACUCCUGGCAGACUUCGGUCAUUUUAAGGAGAAAAGCUAGCCUCUGCAGACCUCACCUCUCUUUGCAGUGAGAGCUCUUACAUGCUCUACUAAUGGGAAAACACAAGGUGUCUAGUGCUCCUCUAGACUCUGUUGCCACAAGACUCAGAGUCAGAAAGGCUUCCAUGAAGAAGAAUUCACUAGCUUCCUUUGUCUACAGUGAGACCUGUUUAUUCUUCUUUCUUUUUAAGCCCCACUAGGAAGAGAGGCAUGUAAGUGGGAGAAAUUAUAGUGGUGAGUUCUUGAAUAUAGAAGGGAACUGCUACAGAAUUAAUUUAUAUCUUUUUCAAACCAUUUCUGAAACAAGCAUUUAACCACAGCAGCACAGUACUUGAUCCACAAAGAUGGUUCUUAGCACUUAGCUAUUACUUGGGUUAAACACUGUGGUAUUGUUUUUGUUUGUGGUUAUAAAUAAAUACACGUGAAAACAGCUAACAAAGUGAAAGUUAUGAAAUCUCAGUUGACAGUACUCUCCAGAGAGAAAAGCAACUUCAGUUACUUUUUAAUGUGUGAGUAUGUAAAUCUAUGUUUAAUCAGAUUCUAUUGUAGUGUAUAUCCAGUUUUCCUGUGUUUUUUGAUUCUAUUUGUUCAUAAACCAUCUUCCCACAUUAUUAAAAAUUACUCAAAACUA